UUUUUAAAAUGAUUUAAAAAACUAUUUUCGUAUGUGAUGUUGUUAAUUAAAUAUUAAAUCACUUCAUUCAAGUUACCUGAACUGCUACUGCUAUAGCUUAGUUACUAAUACAAAAGCCAACAGUUACAAUGCAAUAUGUGAACUCCAAUUCGCUGUCAUAAGACACUAAGCAUAUUUCCGAUCUUUUUCCCCUAUCAAACACAUUAUCCGGAGUUCACGUGAACUCAACUCAAAAUCAUAACAAUGAUAUAAAUCCAAUUGUUAUACAUUCGCACGCAUAUUUGUCCAAACUGAUAAAAAACAUUUGUGUGGCAACCGCUGUUGAGCGUUAUUGUCUAGAUAUUGGUCAAUAUUAUCCAAUCAUUUACACUUGUACUUAAGCACCGCAUAAAACCAAACAGUACAGGUAGAUAUGUUAAUAUCACUGAUAGAGAAAGUUAACUUUCCUCGAUUAAUGAGGGUAGAAAGCUUUUGUUUAAAGUGUCUUAAUGUCGUAACAAGGUUUCUGCAAUUAAAAUUUAUUUUAAUGAUUCUCUGUUAAAUGUGUCAGCUUAAAUGAUUUAUGAAAAGAAAACCCUAUAUUUUAAUAAUCAAAUCUGUUUUGUAGUUUUUGAGUUUACCUCGAAUAUACAGGGUGGCCAAAUGAGAGUGAUACACUUUAUUUUUAAAUUUUAAUUAAGUAUAUUAAGUGCAAAAAAUACUAAAUAUUUUUUCAUAAAUAUAGUAUUAAAUUAUAUUAAGUGCAAAAUUUAUUACAUAUUUUUCAUAACUAUAUUAUUCAGGGUUGGCACGUGUUUGCAGAAGAUAAUUUCAGCAAACAAUUUUUUUCUCAAAUGUUUGUGUUGUUUAAAGCUCGUUGUUUGCUCGAUUAAUUUCGAGAAAAAUUUGCAAUCAGUGAUUGGCAGCCAAAUUCCCCAAAUUUUGCAACUCCCGACUUAUUUGUGUGAUGAACACAGAUAUAUGUUCCUGAGUCAUGAGUGUUUUCUAUGUAUAUAAGUAUCUAAAAUUACGUGUAUGCUAACAAGCCGAUUAAAUUUAAACAGUUAAAACCAAAUAUUCGACACAAAUUUACUAAGAUAACGCCAAAAUGAGCUAAAUAUGCUGAAAAUUGCGAUGAUCAGGGCUUACAUUUGCCUGCUGUUGGAGGUGGACAUAAGUAAGACAUUAUGUUCCGCAUGUAAACAAUACUUAAUAAUCUUUGAACUUAAUAUAGUUAUAAAAUGAAAUGUGUACUUCCUAUUUGCCCAGCCUUUAUAUCCAAAGAGCCAGACGUGGCGGGGACCUUUGAAUAAGGUGUGGUUACAAUUAAAAUAACAGUUUAGGACAAAUGGUACUCCUCCAACCAACAAUUAACAAACAAAUAUUUACUUUCCAGAUACAAAUUCAUCUUUGCAAUGUUGACUUUCUUCUUGAAAAAUGUCGACAACGAAAAAACUUCAAACUACAAUAGCACAGUACACACUACUCCAAAAUGUCCAUUUACUAAACUAGUAGAAGAAAUAUUUAAAAUGAGAAAUCAAACUAAUCUAAGUGACAUUAAUAGUGAAGGAAAAUUAGUGCUCAACUCUAUAGCUGAUGUGACAACUGAUGUUAAAAAUUCAAAUAAAUCAGUACAAGAUGCUCUAGUAAAUGAUAUUAUCGCAUCCAUAAAUAGAAUUAAGAAUAACAUUACUCAAGGAAACGAUGAGGAGAGAAAUCUAAAUGAAGCAAUCAUAUUAAAUUUUUCUAAUCAAUUAGAAAAGGCUGAUCGAAGAAAUGAUGAAACAAGUAUAAGUGGAAUUAAAAGUGGUAUUGAAGAAAAAUUCGAUGUCAAACUAAAUACAACAAAGGACAAUAACAAAAAGAAAGCACCAGAACCCAGUUCUACCACUACAGAAAAAACAACCUAUGUCGAGAUUUUGACAAUUGAACCAAAUAAUACAAAUAUCAAUAAUACCACAUCCCUUAACAUAAUAGAAGUACUGAAACAUCUUAUGCCUAUGUUUAAUAGUACCAUGACUAAAGAACUACACAACAUAACUAUAAUAGAAAGAGAUCAUAGCAAAAAUCAUUCAUAUUCUGCUACGAAGAAUGUUUCUACCAUUGUAGUUACUUACUGUGAUAACGAAAAUUAUACAAAAGCUAAUGUAUCGUUCCAAAAUACAGAAACAGAUUUAAAAAUACCUGACAAUAGUACAGAUGAUGAUUACUUGAUUGAUGAUGAUGACGAAUAUGAUUACAAUGAUUUUGUGCCUGAAGUCAACUUAACUAAAAACGAGAAGAAAGAUAUAAUGGAAGCAGCUGAGUACGGAAUGCAGAAAAUGCACGAGUUGUAUACAGUAAUGGAACCAAAGUUAUAUUCUAUGGGCCUAUGGUUAGAGGACUCCAACCCCGCUCGGUACGUGGCCGCUUUCAACGCGCCCUCGGAAGAUGCUGCCAAGUUUUACCGCUACGGGUAUGCUUCGCUGCAAGCCGCUGCCAAGCUGAAACAGCUUACCAGGUAUGUUGGAAACUAUACAAGACUAUAACGCUACAUCAAAUGCCUCUCCGGAGAAAUCUGGGUGCGGUUGAGACAAUUUGCAUAUCGCCAAUAAUUCAAUAUUGUUUAGCUAGGAGAAUAAUAUAUACUAAGUAUACGAAAAUGUUGGUUCUAAAUUUCCUUAAUCCAACCUACUGAGUAAGUAGCAAAGAGUAACUCUUAGGGCCACUUGCACCAUCCCACUAACCCGGGGUUAACUGGUUAAACCGGUAACUCAGUGUCUAAUUGUACUGGUAACCAUGGUAACUCCAGGUUUAACCGGUUAACCUCGGGGUAGUGAUUGGUGCAAGUGGCCCUGAUUGAUUGUAGAAGAGGUAGUUGGGUUAAAAUUUAUGACAAAUUCAAAGUGUUCGUCCGAUUUGCGGUUAUCA